CCCCGUUCCAUCAUCAUUCUUGAAUAGAUUGCCGACAAGUAUUCCACCAAAAGUCCUCCGUGUCAGCGUUGGUGCGGCAAUGAGUGACCUCCUUCAACCACCUCCGGGUGGCGGGCCGCCUGACGAGUUUCGGUGCGAACUCCUAGAUGGAUUUGCUGUAGUCAUUCAAGUUGUAAUGGCAAGCAUCGCCUUGAGUUCACUCAUUCUUAAGCGCCAACGAGAAUACCCUAGAAGGCCAUUUGUGGUUUGGGCUCUUGACACAAGUAAGCAAGCUGUGGCGGCUGGGAUGGUCCAUUUUGCGAACAUCGCUAUCGCCUAUGUAUCGGAUUCGAAGGAAUCCGACAAUCCCUGUAUCUGGUAUUUUCUAAAUAUUUUGUUGGACACAACCCUUGGUGUGGGGAUCCUUGCUCUUUUUCUUCACGGCCUCCAUUACGCCGUCGACUACCUCAAGAUUCCAGAUAUGAAAUCAGGCCAUUACGGCAAUCCACCAAGAAUAUCAGCUUGGUUUCGACAACUCCUUCUGUUUAUCACUGCUUGGUUUUUUGUCAAGCUCACCGUCGUGUUCCUUCUCAAAAUAUUCCCCUUCUUUGCUGUGAUCGCCGGUUGGCUAUUGGAUCCGCUGGUGCACUCUGGAGAUACACGACUACAAGUCGUGGUCGUAAUGCUGAUAUUUCCUCUGAUAAUGAAUAUCAUCCAAGCAUGGCUGAUUGACAUGGUGAUCAAGGGAAAGUCGCAGAGAGUGAGAUUGCGGUCUGGAAGUGUGGGCAAUGAAAGUGAGGUGGAUAGCUUGGAGGAUAAUGAGGACUUGGUGGAGGAUGUUGAAGACCACCUGGGCGAUUUUGUACGGAUUGGUGGGGAAGAUACAGAGCGUGGAAUAGGGCCGGAGGAAAGAAGAGGCCGAUUGACGAGGCAUUCAAGUGGCUCAAGCCAACCUUUACUCAAGGUGCAUAAAUCACCAAGCAGAAAAUCGCCAACGCAAAGCCAUCCGGGAAAGCGAACACCAUUCGGGAGUCCUAGUGAUGGCUAUUCACCCGUCGAAAGGCAGGAUAACACCGUGGAAUAUGUUGAUUUGGAUGAGCCGGUGGAUGUGGAUUUUGAUGUACCGAGAGCAUGAGUUUCAUUAGAUAUUUCGGAAGGCUGGACCUCAUAACGCCCGUAUCGAUAGAUAGUUUGUUUGGUAAAAGCCAAAAGGAACAUUCUCGUCACAGUGUAUCUAAAAGAAUCUUUCUAUUUUUACAUUACAGCUAAGGAAUCAACAAUCC